CUUGCUGGCCUGUAGUCUCCAGCUCCAGUAGAAGCAGAGUGGCCAUCCUCGGGAUGGAGUCUCCUCACUGUGACGGCAUUUCCUUUGCCUUGCUCUAGGGUUGCAAAUCCACAGAGAUGCGCCUGUGAAGCAAGGCACUGGUCACCACGCCCUGCUUUGCUCCUUAGCCCUUCGCGGCCUGCGCAGAGCCGCAGAGCCGGGUCUGCGGCUGCGCAGAGGCGCGAGCCCAGCAUUCACCGCGGCUGGGGGCGGCCGGAGAGCCUGGUGUCGGGAGGCGGGCAAGCGGCACCUGCCCAUGAGUGAAGACCCAGUGGACCUCUGGAGCCGGGACAGUGGUUCCCCGGUAGAGACUGCAACACUGAACGUUGUCCCAUCUCAGAACAGUCCCCAUCUGGGAAAAACAUAACAGGAGCCGCAAAAGCCCAGGCCUGGAGGACACAGUCUGAGAUUGUGGCCCAGUUAGAAUCUGGGUCUAUCCAAGGGUACAUCAAUGGAUUCAAGUGGAGGGAAAGAAAGAAUAAAAUGGACAACCACCAUUAUCAUCAGCUCAUCUCUCAAAAGUUAUGAAAUUUCAACUGCCCUAGAAAAUCGAAGCCACAAGGUUCGGUAUUCAGACACGUUGGAAAGAGGAUCGAUUGUGUUCUCUCUCUCCGGAGUUGCAUUUUUAUUGAUGGAUGCUAAAGAAUGUAUGAUAUCAGCUGAGGAAAUAUUCCUAACCAAAAUUGAGAAGUUUAUUAACAUUCACCAGAAUAGCUUUCUGGUUCUGUUUGCCCCACUCCAUGGGCCUGAAGAAUGGACUCUCAUGUUCAGGAUUCAUCAGAGAUUCUUGGGCAGUAACUUACGAAUACUGCCUGUCCACAACACAGUCAACGCUGUUGACCUUAUGUGCACGAUAGCUAAGACUACCUCCAAGCCAACCAUAGACAGCAUCUGCUAUAGAAUGAUAACAACCAAAGCUUACAUCAUAGAGCAAAGCCCUGUUUGGAGAACACUCCAAAAGAUAAAACUGAGUACUGAUUCAGUGAGUCCAAAUUUAGAGUAUUGAUCAUAAGUGUUCUUCUAGAAAAAUAUCAAAAUAAUCAAACUUAUUAAAUUAUAAUGUCCAAAUGCCUAUUAAACAUGAUUUUAUUUUGGGAGUUUGGCUAAGUGAUUCCUUUAAUGUUUUGGAGUGUAGAUACGUGGGACGGUCCUGGCAUAUACAGGCCCUUGUUAUGAAAACUAUGGAAAAGCAAAGAAAAAUAAUUGGCACAUACAAUAAAACUCAGUUUCUUAAUGAUACCAAGUUGGAUGCACAACUCCAGUAAGAAAUGGAAAUACAGGAUUUACUAGUUGGACUAAAGUCAUGUACAUUUUGGGGUUUUCUAAAAUUAAUCUCUGCAGGCACUUUCAUAUAUCUCUGCUAGAGAUACCUUCUCAAGUUUCUUGAGACAGGGUUUCAUGUGGUAGAGGCCAGUCUUUAACUCUCCGCCUCCACCUUCCAAUGCACUCCAGACACUGGAUAUUCUAUAAGAUUGCUUCCAAGGCAUGGAAAGGGAGUAAAGUUAAGGAACCAAUCAACUGUUCUGAAGUCAGAAUGUCUACAUUUCCAGCUUAGCAGCAGGUACCUAGUGUUAAAAAGCACCCAACAAGCAGAAAGUGUAUGUUUGUUUUUUAUAAAUUCACAAGUAUGUGGAUGAAUAAAGCAUUUUGACAACA